CUGACAAAACCUAAUUCUCUGUCUCUGUGCAACUGUGCCUACUGAUUCUGACCUGAGUGUAUUACUAAGAAACAGCUUUCCGCUACCGCCAUUUAUUCAAGUCACCAGAUGGCGCUUCGUGGCGGUACCUAAUACAAUUAGCGAAAAGGUUCCACUCGGAAGUUGUUUCCGUACGGACGGUUUCCACUUUGCACCGUCACUGUACUCCGGAUAAUUUGGUCCCCCAAGCAAUACUGAGGUUUCUUGAAUCAAUACAAAAACAUGGUGGGGAGUGGGGGGCCUACCGUGUUACGGGACCUUCUAGGGUCGGACAUAGAUCCGGCGUGGAAGGAUGAAGAGGUGUGCGUCGUGGGACUUUUUGGUAAGACGGCGCUGGCGCAGGGAAGCUGGCAAAAAUGCUCCCUCGUCAACUCUGUGUGCGACCGGCACAUCUUUCCGCUAUUUCACCGCGCCCCGGAGCGGCCUUCGGAACGCAGUCUCUUCCAGACUUAUUAUGAACAGGAUUCGCGGGUGCUGUACGUGCUUCUGAACGGACUGAGUGAUACGGGCUCCCUGCUGAAGGCCUGUGAGGAUUUGAGCCGCGGAGUGUCCCAUGCAGAGGCGCACGAGUGGUGGAAGGAUGAGGAGAAGUUGUACUGCAUGCACCUCCUCUAUCUAUUCUCAGUGUGCCAUAUCCUGGUGCUGGUGCACCCUACCUGCUGCUUUGAUAUCACCUAUGAGAAACUGUUUAGGGCUUUGGAUAGUGUACGACAAAAGAUGCUGCCAUCACUGAAGCCAAGCUUGAAGGAUUGUGCUGUGGGUCUGGACUGGAAACUCAAUGCCAGACCUUGUCCACCCAGGCUGCUCUUUAUGUUUCAGCUUAAUGGAGCCCUUAAAGUAGAGCCAAAGGGUCAAGGGCAGCAGACCAGUGACAAACCCAAAAAGCACUCUCCAAAGAGGAGGCUGCAGCAUGCUUUGGAAGACCAGAUUUACCGCAUCUUUAGGAAAAGCAGAGUCCUGACUAACCAAUCCAUCAAUUGUCUAUUCACUGUGCCUGCCAAUCAGGCCUUUGUGUAUAUAGUGGCUGAUGAGGAUGAAGACCCUGUAAACAUACUACUGGAGGGUUUGAGGCACAACUGCACUUUGAAAGAUACAGAGUCUUUAGUACCUAUUUCGGGUCCGAGACGUUAUCAAAUGAUGAGACACACUCGCCAGCUGUCUUUCACAGUUGAAAAUAACACAAAUUUAUCUGGUCAGUUGGUUGACUGCACCCUAAGAGAGUUCCUCUUCCAGCACGUGGAGCUGGUUCUCACAAAAAAAGGGUUUGAUGACAGUGUGGGGAGAAAUCCCCAGCCGUCUCACUUUGAGCUCCCUACAUACCAAAAGUGGGUUAGUGUGGCUUUAAAGCUGUAUGAAAUUAUCAUUGAAAAUAAAGAUGAUGAUCCCCCUGCUUUCCCAGGUGGAUUUCCCCCAAAGCUUCUUGCUAACAUGAAGGUAUUAGAAGGGUAUCUGGAUGCAGACACCAAGUUCUCAGAAAACAGAUGCCAAAAAGCUCUACCCAUGGCACAUAGCGCUUAUCAGUCUAAUUUGCCCCAUAAUUACACCACAACUGUCCAUAAAAACCAACUUGCCCAGGCCUUAAGGGUAUAUAGCCAGCAUGCCCGGGGACCUGCUUUCCAUAAAUAUGCCAUUGUUCUUAAUGAAGAUUGUUAUAAAUUCUGGAGUAGUGGACAUCAGCUUUGUGAAGAAAGGAGCUUAACAGAUCAACACUGUGUACACAAGUUCCAUUUGCUGCCUAAAUCUGGAGAAAAAAUUGAACCAGAGAGAAAUCCACCAAUUCUAUUUCACAACAGUCGGGCACGUUCGACAGGCAGCUGUAAUUGUGGAAGAAAACAGGCACCACGAGAAGACCCGUUUGACAUAAAAAGUGCAAAUUAUGAUUUUUAUCAGAUCCUGGAAGAAAAAUGUUGUGGAAAACUGGAUCACAUCACCUUCCCCAUAUUCCAGCCCAGCACUCCAGACCCAGCUCCUGCAAACAACGAGGCUUCGCCUGCUGCACAUGAUGGUGAAGUUGAAGGAGAGAAGAUAAAGGAUAAGGAACCACAAACUCAGGGAGAAAGUACAAGUUUGAGUUUAGCACUAAGCCUGGGCCAAUCCACUGAUAGUUUGGGCACAUUCCCAGAGGGCCCAAAAGCAGGAGGGGACAAUACAGAAGCUUCUGGCCAUGGGACAGAUGAGAAGGUUGAAAAAAGGCCAAGUUUAGUGGAUCGUCAAGCCUCAACUAUCGAGUAUCUACCUGGCAUGGUACAUAUAAAUUCACCAAAAGGACUUUUACCUAAAUGUUCUAGUUGGGCUUUGGUAAAACUUGGUCCUGCCAAAUCCUACAAUUUCCACACUGGAUUAGAUCAUCUUGGCUUUAUUCCAGGAACAAGUUACUUAAUGCCUUGGGACAUUGUAAUUCGCACUAAGACAGAGGAUGAAGGUGACCUUGACACAAACUCUUGGCCAGCCCCCAACAAGUCCAUUCCUGGGAAAAGAAAUGCUGUGGUAAUGGGGCGGGGCCGUCGAAGAGAUGAUAUUGCGAGGGCAUUUGUAGGUUUUGAGUAUGAGGAUUCUAGGGGACGUAGGUUUAUGUGCUCAGGCCCAGAUAAAAUAAUGAAGGCGAUAGGUAAUGGACCUAAAGAAUCUGCAAUCAAAGCACUCAACAGUGACAUGCCUUUGUAUAUGCUCUCACCAUCACAGGGCAGAGGACUUAAACCUCAUUAUGCUCAGCUCAUGAGACUGUUUGUUGUUGUACCAGAUGCUCCUGUACAAAUUAUAUUGGCUCCUCAGGUGCAGCCAGGACCUCCUCCUUGCCCUGUCUUUGUCCCUGAAAAGCUGGAUAUCACCCUUCCUUCUGAUGGACUGUGGGUUCUAAGGUUUCCCUUCUCUUAUGUCUCAGAACGUGGGCCCUGUUACCCUCCCAAGGAAAACCAGCAGCUUCCGAGCUACAAAGUCACGAAAGGGAUAUUGCGAACUGUCCCCCAGUAAAAUGUAUUUUUUUAUUAAGGAAACUGUAUUAAGAUAACAUAUAGUCCAAGCAUGCCAUAUUUAAUUUUGAUUAUUGGUCAGAAAAAAACUUGUUAUAUUGUAAAUGCUCCAUUCCACUUCAUUCUGUAAUAGAAGACUUUUGAUCUACAAUUAUGUGCAAGAUUAAUCUUAGGGUUAUUGCAGUGUGGUCUAACACAUUAAUAUAAAUAAAAGUAAUUGUAUUCCUAUACACUGCUUUUUGUCUAUAAUAUUGAAUUGUGUAAAGCAUAACUAAAACCCCGAGCUACUGUAUAAAUUGCACUAAUUAUCCCAUGUUAUCUCCAUAUGGGGACUGAAAACAGUCUGUUGAAAUACACUGGCCAAAAACCAGCCCCUAUAAGGGCAGUAGCUUUUUGUCCUGUCUGUACCUAGAAAUAUUGUGUUGUCUCAGGCACAUGCAGCUGUUUUAUGCGAAGAUAUGCGAGUUUGUAUUCGCACUGAAAUUAGCCGCAAAUGCCUGCGCCGAGCUAAACCAGUGGUUCCGGGUGGAGACAGGAGAGGAAGUUCAUGCCUGCAUACGGGCUAAUUUUCGGCUUCCUUGUUUCAGCAGGCCCUACAGUAGAAAAUGUACUUAUUACUAAACGUAAUUUUAUUGUUUUCCUGGACUGACCCCUAUGUUACAAGCACAGAUAGCACUUCUCUACAUAUGUAUUGUGCACCAGCAGCUAGAGAUCAUGCACAGCAUGGCUGACACCUCUAAGUGGAUUGACUAAGAACUGGACUGCAACAAAAUAAGAUGUGGAACUUUGACAGGGCUAGUUGUAAAAAAUCAUUAUUACUCUGGGGGGGGGGGGUGAUGUACAGCAAUCUUAAAGGUUCCCAUUAUUUCUAUUUUUUAUUUUCCCAUGGAAUUGUUUGAUAGAAAUGUUAAAAAGGGAAUGUAUAGCAUUUAGCUCUUUUUUUCUCUAUGGUGUUGUUACUCAUUCAUCAUCUUACAGUUUUUGCAUUACCUAAGCUGCUAUUAUUGUAUAGGCAGGCUAUCUACAACCUUCCUGAUCAUCUAUUGGUAAAAUUCAAUUUAUCAAACAGUCUUGAUUGAUAAGAUUAUUUAUUUUGAUAACGUCUAGAUCGCUUUGUCCAGGCACAGAAAAGUGACCCGGAUUAAAUUUCAGAAUAUGCAUUUAUACACUAAUAAAGAAAUAAAAAAACAUGUCACACCAAAAGCAUAAAAUGUUCCAAUCUGUUAUCGUGCCCUUGCAUAUGUCUCAGGCUCUGGGCCAAGAGUACUUAGCAUACACAUUCAAAAACAUGCUCUCAUUUAAAGGAACAAGACCUCACCCAAAUUAUUCUUCUGUUUUGUUAUAAACUGCUAAAUGGAUGCAAAGAGGCAGUGCCAUGUGCAUGAUCAGACCUCAUUGAAUGGGUAGCCAAGUUCAGUAAAUUGAAUUCUUUGUUGCAAGAUCAACCAUGAAUAUAUAUACCAGCAUAGGCAUUCACCUGUUUUAAUCACAAUUCUGCAAGAAAAGUUUGUGGUCCUUUAAUAUGUGCAAAGUUGUAUCCUGUCAUAAAGUGUAUAACCUUUAUUGUCUAAUUGAUUGAUAAAUUAUGUGUAUGUUUUUGGUGUAUUUGAUUUGGAAACAGUGACUAACCUGAAUAGGUCUCUUAAUGACACUGUUCGUAAAUUACAUUUUUGUUAACUGUACAGUACAGACUGCAUACUAAGGGUUCAAGUUUAUAAAUAAAUCAUGCAUUUUACUCGGA